GCACUAUAAAUUGUUCACUAUGAAUUGUGUACUACAGUACCGUUAUUCACCACGAACCAUUGUACUGUACGGCCACCGGGGAGUCUGAAUUAGCUAUAUCCAUGGGCCAAAACCUGGCCUUCGACAUGCGAAAUACCACCCAGUCCUAGCGAUGCCGUUCAAGGUCAUUCCUCAUUUUGCUGUUUCCCACCACAAUGGUUCGCAUUGCUCUCUUCGCUGCCCUCUCGGCCUCCGCCGCCGCCACCGUGUCCGUUCGCACCCUUCGUGAGUUGGAAACCUCCAGCACUGUCGACGUCCUCGUCCACUUCGACGGCGAAAGCGGCCUCUCCAAGCUCGAUACUGAGUCAUUGCCUCGUGAAGACCGCGCCCAAGCUGUGCUUAGCACGCUGCAGGCCGAAUCGGCGAUCGUCACGGCGGACGCUGUGGAACUCGCCAAGGCGGCUGGUGUGGAAUACGAAGCAUACUGGAUUGCCCAGUACGUUUACGUCAAGGGUGCGUCCAAGGAACUCGUCAACCAGUUGGCCGCCCUCCGCAACGUGGUGAGCGUGGCCCCUGUGGAAGUGUACAAACUGCCUGAACUCGUCGAAGUGCCCGCCGACCUCAGCGUCCAAAACUCGACCGUGGAAUGGGGUAUCAACAUUGUCGACGCGCCCAAGGCGUGGGCUCGCGGCAACAAGGGCAAGGGCUCCGUCGUGUCUUCCAUCGACACGGGUGUCCGCCUCACCCACGAAACGUUGCAAGCCAACUUCCGCUCGGCCAACGGCUGGUACGAACCCUCCACCAAGUCCAAGCUCCCCAACGAUCGCCACGGACACGGCACCCACGUCACCGGCACCAUCGCCGGCCUCAACGGCAUCGGUGUAGCCCCCGAAGCCAAGUGGAUCGCGUGCGUCGGAUGCCCCGCCGGCUCGUGCCCCCAAACCGACUUGUUGGCGUGCGCCCAGUACAUCACGUGCCCCACCGACACGGACGGCAACAACCCCGACUGCAAGCUCGCCCCCCACGUGGUCAACAACUCGUGGGGCUCCAACCAAAACGGCAACACCUGGUACGAAGCCGCCAUCCUCGCGUGGCGCAAGGCUGGCAUCGUGCCUGUCUUCUCCAACGGCAACGCUGGCCCCAACUGCGGCACCGUCGGCUCCCCCGGUGACUCCCCGUCCGUGAUCGGUGUGGGCGCCACGGACAGCGACGACGCCUUGGCCAGCCUAAGUUCCAAGGGCCCGGAACCCCUCCAGAAGCGCAUCAAGCCGGAUGUGUCUGCCCCCGGUCGCUCGAUCCGCUCGGCUGGCUCGGCCUCCGACACCGCCUACGCCACCUUCUCGGGUACCUCCAUGGCUGCUCCCCACGUUGCUGGCGCCGUUGCUUUGAUUGUUAACGCCAACCCUGGUGCCACCUACGAAACUGUGUACAAGUUGCUCGCCAACACCGUCGACACGGCCACGUUGAAGCCCUCGACUGCCAACUGCGGUGGUGUGGACAACUCCAAGUACCCCAACAAUGACUUCGGGUACGGCCGCAUCAACGCCAACAAGGCGUCGUCGACCUCGUCCACCCCUGUGCCUUCCACCACCAAGCCCGCGUGCUAAAUGCUGUAGUGUGCUACCAACUCUUUGUAAAAAUUCAAUACAUUGUCUGUUUAACAGUAAA